AUGAUUGGUAGGGUUCUGCCGAAAGCACCAUGCUCCAUGGUUCUCAAGCUGGCCAAUCGAAACUUUGGGACUAAGAGCGUCAACUCAAGAUGCUUGGCAUCGCUAUGCUCACGUCAAAAAGCAACCCGGAUUAUCGCCUGUCGUCGUCCCUUGUCCACGGGGUUUGUAACCAGGACUUCCUCAGAAGUUCCUUUUGACAAGCUCAGCAAGGAGGAACAAGCGGUGAUGACUGAGGAACGGGCUGUGGAUAAGGUGGAUGUGUGUAUCGUAGGUGGUGGACCUGCCGGUCUGGCAUCUGCAAUCCGAUUUAAACAAUUGGACAACAAACAAGGCACAGGAGAUUUGCGAGUUGUAGUGCUCGAAAAAGCGCCAGACAUGGGCUCGCAUAUGGUUUCAGGAGUGAUAAUGGAGCCUAGAGCUCUCAGGGAACUUUUUCCAGAAAGCGAAUACUAUGACGAAAAUGGCAAUGGCAUACCACUUCCACCAGAUCUAGUCACACCGGUGGCCUCUGGUGAAUUACGCUACCUGAUAGGAGAUCUAGAUCUACCUGUCCCCGAACCACCACAGAUGUCGAACGAGGGCAAUUAUAUUGGAUCGCUAAGCCAAGUUGUAAGACACCUUGCCGAAAAAGCUGAAGAAGUUGGCGUCGAGAUAUAUCCUGGCGUCGCCGUGUCAGAAAUUUUAUAUAGUGGCGACGGAAAGACGGUCACAGGUGUCGCCACCAAAGAUAUGGGUGUUUCCAAAGAAGGCAGGCCGAAAUCAUCUUUUGAAAGGGGUAUGGAAUUCCACGCCAGACAGACCGUGCUGGCCGAAGGAUGCCAUGGUUCCCUGAGCAAACAGGUUAUCAACAAAUUUGAUCUGAGAAAAGGUAAAUGUAAUCAAACUUAUGGUCUUGGUAUUAAAGAAGUGUGGGAAGUCAAACCGGAGAACUUCAAAAAGGGUUUCGCAACGCACACCAUGGGAUACCCUUUGUCCAAUGAUGUCUACGGAGGCGGCUUCAUGUAUCACUUUGGCGAGGGUUUGGUAACUGUGGGGCUAGUAGCCGGUCUGGACUACAGAAAUCCUUAUAUCUCACCCUAUCAAGAGUUCCAGAAGAUGAAGCACCAUCCUUAUUAUGCGAAGGUUCUCUCAGGUGGUAAAUGUAUCGAAUACGGUGCUCGCGCUUUGAAUGAAGGAGGCCUUCAAUCUGUUCCGAAACUAAACUUCCCCGGUGGUGUCCUGGUUGGUGCAUCGGCGGGUUUCAUGAAUGUUCCUAAGAUUAAAGGUACGCAUACAGCCAUGAAAACGGGUAUGAUUGCUGCUGAAUGUAUGUUCAACAUCAUCUCAAAAUUGCCUUCUAUUGAAUCCUUGGAGGAACGUGGCAUUGAAGAAGUUCUAACGUCUCCAAUUGACUUAAAAUUAUAUGACGAAAAGUUUAAGCAAUCGUGGGUACACGAAGAGCUUUAUGAAGUACGCAACAUAAGACCCUCCUUCGGUCAUCCUUUGCUCGGUAGACUAGGUGGGAUGGCCUAUUCUGGACUGGAUUCUCUACUGUUGAAGGGUCAAGUUGCUUGGACAUUCCAACACCACCAAUCUGACGCGGCUGUCACAGACACGGCUGAAAAAUACGAGCCCAUAGACUACCCCAAGCCAGAUGGCAAGAUUUCAUUUGAUAUACUGACGUCCGUGUCGCGCACGGGAACUUAUCACGAUGAAGAUGAACAGUGCCAUUUGAGGGUUCCUGACCAAGAUCUCGAUCAACACGCUCAAAAAGCCUUUCCAAACUGGCAAGGAAUUGAGUCGCGUUUUUGCCCAGCAGGAGUCUAUGAAUACGUUGAGGAUGAAGGCUCUCCUCUCGGUGUGAAAUUCCAAAUUAACGGACAAAACUGCAUCCACUGUAAGACUUGUGAUAUCAAAGUUCCUACGCAAGACAUUAACUGGGUUGUGCCAGAGGGUGGCGAUGGGCCAAAAUACACAUUAACGUAA